CAGCUCCUCCCCCCUGACUGUUGACUCCAGCUCACAAACAUGGCGCCUGGAAGCUAGACCAGCCUGACAACACCUUCGCUCUUUUAUCAUCAAUGUCAGCAGUCGCGAAUUAACCUGGCACCUAAAGGAGAUACGGAGAGAGACACCGGACAGCCGUCGACCAUUAUUCCCAAUUUCCCUGCUUUCUAUUCGCGCGUUUUCCGAAAUGUGAAGGCGUUUUUAUUGUGCCACAGUAGACACCGGGGUUAGGUUGGAGCUGUGAACCGACACAACAGUCGACUGUCAACGGUCCGUUUCUGCUCGGUUUCUGCCUCCUUUGCCGAUAUGUGUCAGAGGUAAUCUCAGGCCCCUCCUUGAACCAGCCUCUUCUUCCCUCCUCAUCCUCACCCACUGGUGAGGAUGUCAUCACCACCAGCCAAUCCCUCUGGCACCUUCCUCUCCCCUGGAUCCCGGCUGCGGUCCCCAAAAACCUUGGACUCUCUGUCCGUCUCCUCCCUCCUCUCUGGGGAGUUAGAGGAUGAUGGGGAUGGUGAAGGAGGGGAGGAGGAAGGGCUGGGAGACCUGGAAGUGAACCCAUACGACGGAUUACCCUUCUCCUCACGAUACUACGCCCUGCUGGAAGAGAGGCGGAAGUUGCCCGUAUGGAAACUUAAAUAUAGUCUGCUGGAGCACUUGGAAAGCCACAGCAUGGUGCUGCUCAGUGCACCCAGUGGAACUGGAAAAAGCACCCAGGUGCCUCAGUGGUGUGUAGAGUACGCUCUCUCCCACGAGUUUUCUCAGGGCCUGGUGUGCUGCUCCCAGCCCUACUCUGUGGCUGCGGGGAGUCUGGCCCUGCGUGUGUCUGAUGAGAUGGACCUAAGUCUGGGCCUGGAGGUGGGCUACAGGGUGCCUCAUGAUGACAGCUGCACACCCGACACCCUGCUCAGGUUUGUCAAUGACUCUCUCCUGCUGGAGGAGAUGAUGUCGGACCCUCUGCUGCGUCAGUAUGGAGUGCUGGUGCUGGACGAGCUCCAGGAGCGCACCGUGCCUACUGAUGUGCUGUUGGGCCUCUUGUGUGAUGUCUGCCGCCAGAGACCCGACAACCUCCGCGUGGUUCUCCUCACUCACCCAACUCUGGCACCUCGCCUUGCCGCCUUCCUGGGACCCGAUGUCCCUGUACUCUCCCUGGACUCCCACACCAGAGGACAAGAGGAGGACGAGGUGGAGGACAGUGGCAUGGAGGAAAGGCAGACAGGGGAUUCGGGCAAGGUAGAGACAGUGUACCGGGAGCCUCAAUCCGGGAGGGAACCUAUGGCCGCAGCCUGUCACAUGGUUCUGGAUUUACACCGGAGGGGAGAGGAAGGAGACGUGAUGGUGUUUCUGGCCAGUCCACAGGAAAUAGCGGAGUGUGUCUCGCUGUUAGAGAAGGAGUCUGUAGCUCUCAGUCCUCACCUGGGUCCCCUCAGGAUGCUGCCGCUCCAUGCUGGCCUGGGUGGGGCCACCCAACGAGUCUAUGAACCCGAACCUGAAGCCUCUCAGCUGAAGGAGGCGGAGGGCUCUGAUUGCCUGGAGGGACCGCUGUUGGGAGUCGGAGGUUUGGGGGUGAAACGAAGGGUCAUCCUCACCCACACGCUGGCAGAGGCUUCCUUCUCCUUGUCAGGCAUUCGCUAUGUGAUAGACACUGGCCUUCAACUCAAAACUGUUUACAAUCCCCAAAUAAGAGCAAACUCACAGGUCCUAAGGCCAAUCAGCAAACACCAGGCUGACAUACGAACUGAGAGGGUCAACAGCCACCUUCCAGGGCUGUGUGUACGUCUUUACCCCCAGUCGCUGUAUGAGGAGGGGAUGGCAGAGGCUCAUUGUCCGGGAGUGGUGGAGGAAAACCUCAGCCACUUGGUGCUGUUGCUCAAAAGACUGGACAUUGCUGACAUGGGACAGUGCAAGUUCCUGGACAGACCGGCUCCUGAAGCUCUAAUGCAGGCCUUGGAAGAUCUGGACUACCUGGCUGCGCUGGAUGACGAUGGCAACCUGUCAGAGGUGGGUAUCAUCAUGUCAGAGCUGCCGCUGGAGCCGCCACUGGCCAAAGCCCUCAUUGCCGCCUGCGAGUACGACUGUGUUGACGAGCUGCUCACCGUCGCUGCCAUGCUCACAGCUCCCCCCUGCUUUGUGACCCCAGCUCCCAACAAAGAGGAGGCUGCAGUCAGUCAUCUGCGCCCGCUAUUGCACACAGAGGGAGACCACAUCACUCUGAUCAACAUUUAUAAUGCUUUCAUGGAGCAUAACCAGGAUGAGGCAUGGUGCACGACAAACUUCCUCAACCCUGCUGCCUUACGACUGGCUGUGGUGAUCAGGGCGGAGCUGCUGGACGUGAUGCAGCGCAUAGAGCUUCCUGUAUCGCCUCCCUCUUUUGGAUGCCAAGACAACUGCACUAAUAUCAAGCGUGCACUCAUCUCAGGCUUUUUCCUUAAAGUGGCUCAUGACGUGGAUGGUUCGGGAAACUACCUCCUGUUAACGCACCGCCACGUGGCUCACCUCCACCCCCUCUCUUCAUACCUGUGUCGCCAGCCUCGUCCGAGCCCGCCCACCUGGGUCCUCUACCACGAUUUCACCAUUUCUCAUGAUAACUGCAUCCGCACCGCCUCUGAAGUCCACCCUGACAUGCUGGUAGAGCUGGCCCCUCAGUACUAUCUGGGAAACCUGCCGUCAAGUGAGGGGAAGGAGCUACUGAUGGAGCUGAGAAAGGGUCUGGACACCCAUGCAGACGGUGAGGAGGGGGUCUCCAACGACCACAGCAGGACAGACAGGAGCGGAGAGGCCAACUGGACUGGAGAAAUUCGUAACCAGUACAGCACUGAGCUGUGUGUCAUCCAGUGAGGAGGCUGAGCGGAUGAGACAAGAGGAGAAAAGUCCAAAUGUUCUCAGGAGAAGACUUUGAACAACUUCCCAUCACAUUGCUUUAUUGUAUGAUCUGCUAAGGAUUGGUACUGUCUAGCAAUAUACUUCUAGGAGCCAUUAUUUGCCUGUGAAAUCUCUCUUGAGAUUAGAUAAUGCUGGUAUGUGAUUUUUAAGGGGACUGUCAUUGGAAAAUAUCUUUUAAAACCCAGUAAAUGCUGGAAAACUAAUAUGUUUUGACUAUAUUAAAAAAAAAGUCGUUUCCAUCAAAGAGCAGGAGGCCUCAGCAGACAGUGAUACACUACACCUCUGUGAGAGUUAUUGUUUGACCUUUUAUUUCUAUGCAACUAUGAAAUCACAGUGAUGGACUCAUGGACAGGCGGCUCUCAGGGCUCACCGUGUGUGUGUGUGUAUGUGAUAGAUGUACCAGCAUCGCACAAAGCUUCUAUUUUCAUGGUUUUACAUCCAUUUUUUGAUACUGUUUGUAUAAAGUUUGGCUAUUGUGUUAGGAUCUUCAUCCUGCCUUUUUGUCUCCAACAACGUGUGAAUAAUGAGAAAUCUUUGUGUAAAAUGGAUACAUAUUGCUCCUAUUUAAUAGGCUACGUUUGUCAAUGUGAACAACAAAUAAAUUAUGCGUGCUUAUCAAGCGA